UGUGUGCUCCAAAGUUGAUUUAAAAAUAUUUUGCUUCUCUUCUCUUUUUAUCUUCACACCAAAUUUUUUUACAAAGCUUUCUUAUUUUCUUUAACAAUAUUUUAUAAUGCAAACGGCGGCUGCACACGCGAACAUGUACCGGCCGGCCAGCUUUGGCAUGCAGGCUGGCGACUGGGUCUACCGAGGCGAGGGCAACGCAAACAUAUUGUUCGCUUACGCUGGCGAGGGUUCAGAGCUGCGCGGCCAGCUUCUUCGCCUGACCAAACGAGAUGUUCCACAAAAUACGGAUAUCAAUGCUGACGACAGCGACACUGACGAUAGUUCUUUGAAUAAGGAGCAAGAACAGUUGUCGCUGCAGGUACACAAUAACGUAGUGUUCACAAAGGAGGUCAUCGGGCCCCUCAUUGGGGUUGACUACAUUUUGCAGCACCAGUUGGUACACUUGUCUAGCAAUUUUAUCGAGCAGCUUAGCUUGGCGGCCGAGCCCCUACGCCCAAGCUCGCGCACACACAAGCAGAUUGAUCUAAGGCAGAGGGUCGGUGCGCUUGUACGGGACAUGAUCAAUGUUCUUGGAUUCACGCCAAAGCAACCAGGCGAACACACUAUUGCCAUCGAAAUUAAGCCCAAGUGGGGGUUCGUGCCGUCCUCCAAGUAUAUCUCGCAGGCAAACUCUGUCAAGCACCGCGUGUGCCGCCAUUGCAUGCACCAGUACUUGAAGCAUGACAAGGACAGCAUGAGCGAGUACUGCCCGAUUGAUCUGUUUUCGACCAACUGCACUCAAGUCAAGCACGCGGUGGACUGCCUCUUUGACGUUUCAAACGACAGGCUGCGCGUGUUUGUUGACGGAACGCACAUUCCCGCUGACGAGAACGGUGGCAUCGAUGUGGCAAAACAGACCAUUGCCAAUAUCAUCCUGGCCGAGAAGCUGCUUCCAAGACUUGGCAGCGUGCAGAAUCGGUACAAGCGUGCCCUGGAGGCAGGCGUGUUGACUGAAAAGGAGCCAAGCAUCGACGAUUGGCUGGAAGCUGUGGCCCGGUUCAGACAGCGCGAAGAGCAGGGUGGCUCAAACGUAAAUUCACCAGAUGUUGAUGACAAGCAGGCAGCCUUGGAAUUCAUGAUUUCGGUCACGCUCAAGGACGUAUCAGUGCUGAUCAGAAUCGAGUCGUGGCCAUCGGCCUCGAAAUCGGAAUCAGAAUCAGCGGAAGGCGACAGCAGCAACACAAAGUUGCCGGAAUACCACAUAGCAGUCAUUGACGCCGACGCCAAGAAGCUGGCCAAGGUGCCAAAGUACCUCAAAAAUGACCAAGAGAUUGUGGAUCGGUACCUCGAAAUCAACCCCAAUGUUGCCCAGCAAAAGGCAUGUUGUGAGCAACAAGGCGAGAAGGAUAUUUAAACAUUUUCAUGAAU